AUGGAGCAGCAAUUCCGCGCUUGGCUGCGUUACUCAAUCGUCUUCGGCUUAUAUAUUAGCCCAACGGCAUUCAUUAGCAAUAAAUCAGCGCAGGCAGCAAGUCUCUCACCAGCGCUGUCAAACCACGGAUUUACAUGUUCAUUGCAACGUUUAAAAAAGCUCUACCUCUACGUGCUGCUACCGUGGCUCUGUGUGCUCUACUUGAAUGGUCUGGCUUCGCGCAAACCCGUACCGGGCACCAUGCUCAGCUGGACGGUGGCGACGGUGUUCUUUAGUUCACAAGCGCUCUCGACUAUACUCAUCGCAGCCGAAGGUAUCUGGCGUCAACAGCAGCAUGAGACAUUCUUGCGGUUGCUACACGAAAUCGAGUUCUCACUGCGGCUGCGGCUCAGACAGGACAUUAAAUUAGAGCUAUUUCUGCCACGUGUGCGUCAGCUGUUAAGAUUUCAGCUUUGGUUUUCUGCUAUUUGUGUGCUAAUAUUCGUGUAUAAUUUUAUUAAAUUACAAUAUAUCGGCUACUUUUGGUAUUCCUUUUGGUUUGCGAUCGUUAUGCGCUUACGCUUGAUACAGCUGCUGAUCUAUGUAUGCGUUCUGCGCCAUUAUAUGCGGUGUCUUUGCUUAAAAUUGCAACAGCUUGUUGCCUACCGUACGGCGCCAAGCCAACAGCUGUUGGAUGUUAACUACGAAAAACUGCAAACGUUGGCAUACCUAUUAGCCAUUAAGGAUAUCUACGACUUACUCUACAAGGCAUUUGAGCUGCUCAAUGAGUUCGCUGGCUGGUCGCUAUUUAGCAUUAUUUUCUGUUAUAUGCUGGACUAUGGUUGUACGCUCUACUGGGCGCUGCUCAGCUGGGAGGGCUAUCUUGAACGUCGCAACUAUUAUGUCGCGUGCUUUUGGUGGCUGCUGCCAAUGACCAUUAUCAUCUGGAAUCUGUGUUAUUUGUGCUAUAAUUGCAAGCAAUUGGAUCGCUUGAUAGCAAGCAUGCUGUGCCGCAUAAUUGUUGCGAGUUCCUCGCAGUGCAUGUGCCCUUAUCGCAUAUUACUCCAACAAUUCUCUACACAACUGCAACUGCAGAGUAUCGAGGUGACCGCAAGAAAUUUUUUUACACUGAAUAUACGCUUGAUUAUGUCGAUUUGUACGUCCAUAGCGACUUAUUUGGUGAUUGUGAUUCAAUUUUUGAAUAUUUAA